GAUUUUGAUUUGAUUAAGAUUAGAUUUCUAAACGGGUUCGAAAAUACAUCCAUAAAUAAUCAAGAAAUUAUCCGCUCCCAAGAUUUCGCAUUUUCCAAUUUCCAAAUAUAAUAAUUACAAUAAUAAUCAUUAUACAUAAUCAUGCUUUGGUGGCUACCUCGAGCGCUGAUGCUCUGAUAGUGCAGUGUUGUAGUGGGCAGCCAUGGAAACUCCCGCCGGCCCUAUCGCUAUCUCUAUGCACGAACCCACCGCCACUAACCCUCCCCACCCGCCCGGCGCCGCCUCCAAGCCGCCGCAGCCGCCGCUCUACAUUCCGGCGGGGCACGUGGCUUUCCGCCUGCUCUGCCACGCGUCCCGCGUCGGCGGACUGAUUGGGAAAUCGGGCUCCGUCAUCAAGCAGCUUCAACAGAACACAAAUUCGAGGAUUCGUGUGGAGGACCCGAUCGGCUCCAGCGACCACAGAGUGAUCAGUGUGGUCGCCUCGCCGGCCGUCGUGGCCAGGGUUAAAAUCCCGGCGGCGGCGGCGGCGGGAGAGAACAGCAGAAAUGGAGGCUCCGGCGAUGGCGACGACGAGGAGUGGUUCGAGGUGUCGGCCGCUCAGGAGGGGGUUGUCAGGGUGGUCGAGAGAGUGGUGGAGGUGGCGGCGGAGGGGGACGCCGCGGCGGCGAUUGGGGGAAUGGUUUCUUGCAGGCUGCUGGCAUGGAAGAAUCAGGCGAGCGCGGUUAUUGGGAAAGGUGGGAAGGUCGUGGAGAAGAUUAGGAAGGAGACUGGCUGUAGAGUUAGGGUUUUAUCUUCGGAAAAGUAUUUCUCUAAUUGGUCGCCGGAGGAGGAAAUUGUGGAGGUUGAAGGCACUUUUAUAGCUGUUAAAAAAGCAAUUAUAGCCGUCACAGGUCGUAUGCAAGAAUUUCCGCCCCCAAUUGAGAAGUCAAAAACAUAUGGGACCAGAUCUUUGGUGACUUUGGUGACAGAGUCCCUGCCCAUUCUGUAUCCUGAUAUUCCUCCACGACAAAGUCAUUUGCUACGACUAAUGCCUUCGACCUCUGUAAACCACGCCUCAGGAAGUAGUGUGUCAUCGUUAGAGUGUGAAAUUGUUUCCAAUGUAAGCUCUAGAAAACCACAGCAUGAAGUAGUUUUUAAGAUACUCUGUUCCAAUGAAAAAGUUGGUGGUAUCAUGGGCAAGGGAGGAUCUAUUGUUAGGGCACUUGAAAAUGAAACCGGUGCUUCUAUAAAUGUCGGGCCAGCACUUCCCGACUGCGAUGAACGAUUAAUAACCAUUACUGCAAUGGAGAGCUUAGAAUCCCAAUACUCGUCUGCACAGCAUGCAGCCGUUCUUGUCUUCUAUAGAGCUACUGUAGCUGGCCUUGUCAAGGGAUUGGAUUCUUCAGAUUUGAGGGGAAUACAAGUAUCUGCUCGAGUUAUAGUGUCCUCAAAUCAUGUUGGUUGUUUAUUGGGGAAGGGAGGAACAAUUAUUUCGGAGAUGAGAAAGGUCACUGGUACUGGCCUUAGGAUAGUUGGAGGAAAUCAAGUACCAAAGUGUGCCUCAGAAAACGAUCAAGUUGUACAGAUUACAGGAGCUUUCUCAAAUGUACAGGAUGCUCUAAAUAAAGUAACUGGUCGAUUGAGAGAAAAUGCAUUAUUUAUGAAAAUGCCUAGUGGAAGUGGGAGUCGUAUUUCUUGGAGAAUAGACAAUAAUGCCUAUAGCAGAGAAAAAGAUGUACCUCCUUUUGAGUUUCCUGGGCCAUCUUUGUCUCUAGGCGCUUCAGAAAAUGUCAUUGACCACAGCUCCUUGACUAAGAGCAUGAAUCAUCUUGGAAUCUCCACGGAUAUAGAACAACAUCAACCAUAUCCACAAAAUUUUGUGUCACCAUUGAGGGUACCUGGAAUAAUCAAAGAAAAUAGCGUCGAUGCCCACAAAAAAUUACCUCUGGUUAAAGGGGAUGUGGAACUUUCGAGCAGUGGAAGCAGAUCUGCGGACAUGGCUACCACUACCUUAGAGGUGGUUGUUUCUGAUGAUGCGAUUAGCUCUAUUUAUGGGGAGAACGGUAACAACAUAGCUCUUCUUCGAGAGAUCUCAAGAGCGGAAGUGACAGUGAGUGAACCUCGUCCUGGAACAACACAAAGAAGCGUCGUUAUAUCUGGGACACCCGAUCAAACACAAGUGGCUCAAAGUCUGCUCCAAGCAUUCAUUCUACCUGGAUCAUGACAACCAUGCAUAUAAUGGAUACUGGUCGAGUUUUGCAUUUGGAAAUAUUAUCGAAAAGGCAAGUCUAUAAUCAUAGGCAAGCAAUGCCCAGUGAGAUUAGUUCUGCAAGACUCAGCUAAGACACAUUUGAAAUCACUUGCUGAUCUAAUUAUUACCACUAACUUGCUUACAUUGUUCUAAGAUUUGUUAAUCUAAAAAGGGGAGUAUGUUUUUGUAGUUCUAGAACCUUGCUUUUGUCGAAAGCUGUAAAUUCUAUGCAAAAGUAAAGUUUUUCCUACUUGUUGC